AUGGUCAGCUUAAUGCUAGCAGUCUGGCUUGUAGCAGCUUGUGGCAAAGCCAGUGUUUUUCAAACUACAAAUCUGAACCUUCCUCCUGAAGAUCUUGAUUCAUCUGGUGAUGACGACGAUACGUUCUCAGGUUCAGGUGCAGGUCCCCUGACUGACCAGUCUCGCACUUGGAAAAUCCCAGGAGAACCGACUAAUUCCUCGUUACUGGCAACACCCAUGGAUUUCAAUGAACAGCCAUUUACCAGGAUUGAGAGCCAAACUGAAACAGAAGCAGUAUCUCCUUCUGCAAUUAGUAAUGUAGUGACAGAGGAGCCAGUUGUAGCUGUGAAGGAUGAAGUACCCAUCCUGGGCUCAUCUGAUGACAAACCAACAAAUGAUGUGGUUGCAACAACAGCGAGAAGCCCCACAACUCACUUUCCUUCAGUGGUUCAUGUAAAUCCUUCAGAAGCCUCAGGCACGGUCCAUGAGCUCGAACCAAAAAUCCCUAGCUCUGAUGUGCCAGACACUAAAGACGUGCCUGAGCCCAGCUCUACCAUCCAUCAUGAGGGACACAUCACUGCCACUCCCACGACGACAGCUCCAAAGGAUGUUGUUCCUACACAUGAGGAGGUUUCUGAAGAUGGCUCUGGAGACCCGGGAGACUUCAUCUUGACUAAAGAUGAGGAUUUGGUUCCCACCCAGAACUCAGAAGUGCCGGCUGACUCUGGGAGGAAUGCCAAAGCAGCAGGAGCCUCGGGAAUUAUGGACAGAAAAGAAGUUCUUGGAGGUGUUAUUGCUGGAGGACUAGUUGGCUUGGUAUUUGCGGUGUUUCUAGUUGCAUUUAUGCUGUACAGAAUGAAGAAAAAAGACGAAGGCAGCUAUUCACUGGAUGAACCAAAACAGUCUAACGGAGGAUACCAAAAACCACACAAACAAGAAGAAUUCUAUGCAUAAACACUCAUUUUCAGGACACUUCUUAUUCCAUCUUUCUGGGACUCUUCUCUCCCUGCACGUGGACCUCCUAGUGUGCUUUGCAUUAAACUUAAGCCAUAUGAUCAUUGGGUUGUUUGCCCUUACCACUUUGCCAUUGGAAAUGCUAUAACUACAAAGUAGAUCUGGAUUCAUUGAACAUUCCCUGCUUUCUUGCACAACUUUUAAUUUUUUUUUUUUUUUUUUUUUUUUUUUAAACAGAAGUGGGACUGUAAGUUCCUAAACUCACUUUGGUUUAUCUAAAGACUGCUGGGGCAGACGGUGGGGAGAAGAUAAGGGAGCACUCUAUGUGUAAACCUCUCUAUAUCUGGGGAAAGGGCUAGCAAGAAUAAACAAUUAGCAGUGCUCGAAUUCUGUAUAGCAGGGGUCCUUCCUAUUUAACUCAUAGAUGUGUUUUAAGUGUAACAAAUGGCUGCACUGGGCAGACAUUUAAUACACUGCAAUCCUCUAGCUCUUUCUAACUGCCAUAUUUGGAGCACUUAAUGCCUAUGAAACAUCAAGCUGAACAUGAUUUCUAGUGAAAUAAGAUUAUGAGAGCCAGGGUAAGAAAAUGACUGUCAUGUGGUUUAAAAUAACUUAUAUUUUGGGAACACUGUCCCAUACUCGGAACCAGCUCCUAAGCAGUUGGUGCACACACUAAUAAAAAACAAACCCCAAAGACCCCAAAACUAAGUGGAGAGUUCAUUUUACCAAUAGCAUUGGACUGUCCCACUGUCCUCUUGCUCCUUCUAGGCUUAGGUAAGAAAUAGAUUUUUCUAAGCAGCCUCAUCUCAGA